CUCAUAUGGCAGUAUUCAGCUGGUGGUUCAAAUAAAAAGAGGUUUUUUUUAAUUAUCAAACGGACUCUGAAUCCGCAUGUCAAAUCUGCUAAUUGAAUCUGCACCAAUGGAACUAAUAAGAAUUCUCGUUUACGUACGUCUCUCUCCCUAGCUGUCUAGGGUUUUGCUGGUGGUUCGAUUGUUUCUCUCUCGCCCAUCUUGGCUUGUUCUACGUUAGCAUGGCUGAUGAUAUGGAGGUCAUCUAUGCCCGCAUGAGCCUGCAUGAUGAUGACGAGGAAGGAGUGAAUAUCGAUGGAAUUGCGCCGGAACCAUCGUCGGGGAUCACACCUGGCCUCUUUGCAUGGUUGGACGUCUUCUAUCAGAUAAGAAUUCGUGUGUAUAACGUUAUAUGAUAGUAUAUAGUAUGAGAAUUGAUAAAGGUAAAUUGCAAAUUUAUGAGCUGUCUACUUUAAUUUCAACUUUCAACGACGUAGAUGGACUGGUAUAGGACUUCGUCUAUAUAGAUAUAAAUAAAGGUUCUCUGAUCUAUAUAUAUUAGCUCCAGCAUCGAUCGAUCAUUAAUUAAUUCUUACUUUAGCAAAGAAAGAUAUCAUUAUAUUGUAUCGACUGGUUACUCAUUUUAGUUCGAUCAAUUCUCGGUCGAAAAUGACGACUACAAAUUGGGGUUGUAAGAUUCAUUUCAUUGUUUGGGUCCUUGUUUUCGCCGUAUUAGUCGAUGCUGUAGCAUUUGGUCUUGUGUUUUCUGCAAAAGGAAAGGUAGGGAAGCACGAUAGAGACUCGGUUUGGGAACUUGGUGUAAAAGCAGCAUUCUGCCUUGGGACAUCUUCUCUGAUGAGCCUAGGCGCAGCGUUUUUCUUAUGGUGUUAUAAGAUAAAAGAAGAAACUAAGACUACUAUACAACGGGUCUCGUGGUUUACAUUACUUUAUCUAGUGGCUAUACUGGGAGUAUGUAUUGGAGGAGAGACUUGUCUUGCGAAAGUAGUGAAGUGGGGCAAUGGGAUCUCUGAUGAUGAUCUCCGUGCGAAAACCAACCUCACCAUUGUAAUGUUUUGUUGCGGCUUGGAAGCGUUUUUUACCGUUGUUUACUCUCUUUACAUUUAUGAUAUACGUGGUGCUGUGUUUCACCACGAUUAUACUGGUGACCCUUUGUAAUUAAAAUACAAUCAAAUUAAACUGAAUCGCAAUUGUUUCAUUCGCUUAUGCGUUUUACCCUUCA